AUGGCAUCCGGUCUCUUUAUGUUCUCACGCGCGUCCGCAGUCGGCAUUGGCCUCGGUCUCGGCGUGUCCUUCUCUCUCCUCCAUUCCUCCCCCUUUCGCGCGGCGCCCAUGAGAUGUGAUUAUGCAGCCGGAUCUACCAGCUCCGGGUGGUCCCUCCCCUCCCAGGAUCCAACGAGAAAACACGGGAUAGCCCAGGAAAGCGGCAUCAUGACAGCCUCGAACAUGCGCCAAAUCAGUAUGGGAAGUGUGCUUGGUCUCGUGGUCGGAGUUGGCUUGAGGGCGUUCUCGCGGGUCCUGGUGGUCCUCUUAGGUAUGGGGAUUGUAGCGAUUGAGUGGGCUGCGUCCAAAGGAUACCACAUCUUUCCUACCAAGACGUUGCAGAAAUACGUAAAAUCUGUCGAUCUUGACAGGUUUAUGUCGCGGAAUGUGCCUUUCAAGGUUACUUUCGGCACAACCAUGGCUCUGGCUGCUUUUGCGCAGUUCUGA